AUGAAAUAAAUUAUCAUUUUAGCAUUACUCCUAAUCUUGGUUCUUGGAGAUUCACACCAUAAUAGAAAUAAUCAUUAGAGGCACAAGAAAGGACAUGGUAAAUAAAUUAGAAUAACCUAGUCUUUAAGUGGGUUUUGUUUUCCAUACUUGCAGUUGGGGCUUUUCUGGUAAUUAGAAAAAUAAUAAGAAAAAGAAGACAAAUGAAAAGAAUGAAAAAGCAAGGCCACAAUAACUUAUCAGAUGCAGUGGUUUUUGGAGAACCAAUGCAUGACAAUGUUUAACAACCUUAAUUCUAUGCUGUUCCUGUUGAUUAAUACGAACAAUAUCAAAAUUGGAUGAAACAACAAAAACAACAAUAAGAAGCCUUAUUAUAAUAAUAAUAAUAGUAGAUUCAACAACAAAUAUUGUUACAAUAAUAAUAAUAGGCUGUUCAAAAUACUUAAAUUCCUUAAUAACCUGUUGCUGGUUAUCCAGUAUAUCAACAGUAUCCUCAAUAAGUACCAACCAUAGUUUACCCUUAAUUAUUGAACAAGAGUUAUGUUGAGACUUAAUUGCCCGAUGUUAAGGGUCCAUAAUGAACUAUCC